UUGAAAACCAGCAGCAUUUUCAGGGAGGGAAUGUUUAUGCAGUGACAGCCUCUCUUCUGCCUCAGGCAAAGUCACAGGCAGAGGCAUACCAGAGUCCAUUCAGAGUCUGGUUGGACCGCCCUCCUAUACGUCAUCCAUGACUUCCAGAGCAAAAAGUAUAAAGCAGCCUCACAAGCCAAGAGGGAGAAAGAGACUAGACUAAACCAUGAGAGAGAACCUCAGCAGCAUGUCGUCACAAAACAUGGCUCUUCCUGACUGCAUGAAACCCAGUGACCUGUCUGCAGAGAAAAGGGGGAUAAAGAGAAAGAACUGGAGAAACAGAAUAAGAUUUCUGUGGACAAACUCUUCCAAGUCGAUUCUGCAUCCAAUGAAAAAUAAGUCAUACAGGCCAAGUGUUGAUGACGUGAAUCAAUGGGCACAGUCACUUGACAAACUACUCGGCCAUAAAUAUGGGAAAGCUGCCUUCCAUAUCUUUUUGAAGUCCGAGUUCUGUGAGGAAAACGUCGAGUUUUGGACGGCUUGUGAGAACUUCAAGUCCCUCACGUCACAAAAAGCGCUGACAUCCAAGGCCAACCGCAUCUAUGAGGAGUUCAUUAAAAGUGAAGCUCCAAAGGAGAUAAAUCUGGAUUUCAACACAAGAAAUGCUAUUGAGCAAUGCUUACAUGCACCCACUGCCACGAGCUUCCAUGCUGCACAGAAGAAAGUCUACAGCUUGAUGGAAAACAAUUCCUACCCUAGGUUUAUCCACUCAGACCUCUACAAGGAACUGUGUGCAGUUGCCAGUGGAAAUAGCAAGCUCAUAAAGUGCUAGUCAAACCACACACACACUCCUGAAGUCAUUUGUUUACCGCUAUGACUGUGAGUUCAGUGCAGAUGAUGUUCAUUCCAGGAGCUGCAUCAGGAUAACAGACCUGAAUGCAAAUUUUGAACAUUAACAGCGGCAGCGAGUGUGGAAAAUGCAAAGUGAAUUUUUAGGUUGUCCUGCUGCGGGAUUUCAACAAGGAAGCUGUGAGGUUAAUAUAAAUAAGCUGCAGGAAAAGUGCAGAAACUUUUUACAAGGUGGAAUUAAGGUUACAUUUUCAUCACCGGGUCAUUACCCACAUUUUUUUUUUUUUUUGAUCCACUAUUACAAUUUUAGGCCAUUUCAAGUUUUAUGGAACAAUACACUUAGAACAGAAUAACAUUGCAGAGCUGCAGAACUGAGAAAUGGAAGCACUGAACUGUGCUUCUCUGCUCCAAUGAAACCGACAGUGCUGUAAGAAUGUAUGUUUAGUCAAAAUCCACUGAAAAACUAUGUAAAAGAGUCUUACACUUUUCUGUAACCCCUUUUUUUUUACUCGCAUUUGCACUUGUUUACACAAGGUGUGCAAGUUUAAUGUGUAUGAUAAUGUCAACUGUUUUCACUGCAAAUGAUUGUGAGAAUGUAAAUACUGUAAUCCUGCACUAGAUAUCAUAUUUCAUGUAUAUUUAAGCUUUGGGCAGCUGGCCUGCUUUAGAAAUAAAAUAUUUUCUCAAUGUUGAA